GUAAAAGCCGCGCAGGUUGGAACUCCAGACACUGAAUCCACGGCUAUGGAGCGUCCUCACUUCCCGCUGGCGAUGGGCCUUGGCCUGCUCGCAUUCUGCCUCCUGACCCUGUACCCCGAAGCCCGCGCCGAGCUGCGGAGCCGCAGGACCGGAGAACCCCAGAACUUGUCACCCACGGACCCGCGGGUGCAAAAGGCCGCACAGGCAGCUGUGGCCAGCUACAAUAUGGGCAGCGACAGCCUCUACUACUUCCGAGACACCAAAGUCAUCGAUGCAAAAUGUCAGCUGGUGGCUGGCAUCAAGUACUACCUGACUUUGGACAUAGAAAGCACAGAGUGCAGAAAGACCAGAGUCUCUGGAGAGCACAUGGAUCUCACCACCUGCCCUCUGGCUGCAGGGGGGCAGCAGGAGAAACUGCGUUGCAACUUUGAGCUCCUUGAAGUCCCCUGGAAGAACACCACUCAGCUUCUAAAGCAUGACUGUGUGCAGGUGUGACCGGCCCCAGGGUGACAGAGUCAGGGCCCCAUGGGAACAAGCGUGAUAUGGAGGCUCCUCAGGGCCACAGGCCACGUCUAUUGCAAUAAAUCUCCAGCUCUGCUUC